GCCCCGCUCGGCCCCGGCUCGGUCGCGCAGCGCCGCGCGCGUCCCCUCCCGCCGCCGCCGCCGGGCGCCCCGGCCCAGCCCGCCGCCGCCGCCGGGCGCACGGACGCAGCGCGCACGGCCGGCCGGGAUGCGCGCCCCGAGCCCCGCGCGCCCCCACCCGCGGCCGCCGCCCGCCCGCCGCGCGCUCGCCUGACCGCGGCGCCCGCCCGCCCGCCCCCGGCCCCCCGGCCCCGCGCCGCGAUGCCCGCCCCCCGCGGGCCCGGCGGCCCGCGCCCCUGCUAGGCGGCGGCGGCAUGGCCCGCGCGCCCGGCGCCUCCCCUGCGGAUUGCAUCGGCGAGCGGCGGCGGGGCAUGCCCAGGGCGCCGGGCGCGGCCUUCAAUGGGCGAGGACACGGACGCGCGGAACAUUAACCACGGCUUCCUGCGGGACCACGGCUAUGUGACCGAAGGUAACGUGCGCCCGGGCGAGGCCCCCGCCGGCCGGCCGCGGCGUGGGGAUGCCGUCGCACCGAGUGCCCGCUGAAGCCGAUAUCAUCUCCACCGUCGAGUUCAACCACACCGGAGAGCUGCUGGCCACGGGCGACAAGGGUGGCCGCGUGGUCAUCUUCCAGCGGGAACCAGAGAGUAAGAACGCGCCGCACAGCCAGGGCGAGUAUGACGUCUACAGCACCUUCCAGAGCCACGAGCCCGAGUUCGACUAUCUCAAGAGCCUGGAGAUAGAGGAGAAAAUCAACAAGAUCAAAUGGCUCCCGCAGCAGAACGCGGCCCACUCCCUCCUGUCCACCAACGAUAAAACUAUCAAAUUAUGGAAGAUCACCGAACGAGACAAGAGGCCCGAGGGCUAUAACCUCAAGGAUGAGGAAGGGAAACUCAAGGACUUGUCCACGGUGACAUCGCUGCAGGUGCCCGUGCUGAAGCCCAUGGACCUGAUGGUGGAGGUGAGCCCACGCAGGGUCUUCGCCAACGGCCACACCUACCACAUCAACUCCAUCUCGGUCAACAGCGACUGCGAGACCUACAUGUCGGCCGACGACCUCCGCAUCAACCUGUGGCACCUGGCCAUCACCGACAGGAGCUUCAACAUCGUGGACAUCAAGCCGGCCAACAUGGAGGACCUGACGGAGGUGAUCACCGCCUCGGAGUUCCACCCGCACCACUGCAACCUCUUCGUCUACAGCAGCAGCAAGGGCUCCCUGCGCCUCUGCGACAUGCGGGCGGCCGCCCUGUGCGACAAGCACUCCAAGCUCUUUGAGGAACCCGAGGACCCCAGUAACCGCUCCUUCUUCUCAGAGAUCAUCUCCUCCGUGUCAGACGUCAAGUUCAGCCACAGCGGCCGGUACAUGCUCACCCGGGAUUAUCUCACGGUCAAGGUCUGGGACCUGAACAUGGAGGCACGGCCCAUAGAAACCUACCAGGUGCACGAUUACCUGCGGAGCAAGCUCUGCUCCCUCUACGAGAACGACUGCAUCUUCGACAAGUUCGAGUGCGCCUGGAACGGGAGCGACAGCGUCAUCAUGACCGGCGCCUACAACAACUUCUUCCGCAUGUUCGACCGGAACACCAAGCGGGACGUGACGCUGGAGGCGUCCCGGGAGAGCAGCAAGCCCCGCGCCGUGCUCAAGCCGCGGCGCGUGUGUGUGGGCGGCAAGCGCCGGCGCGACGACAUCAGCGUGGACAGCCUGGACUUCACCAGGAAGAUCCUGCACACGGCCUGGCACCCGGCCGAGAACAUCAUCGCCAUCGCGGCCACCAACAACCUGUACAUCUUCCAGGACAAGGUGAACUCCGAGAUGCACUAGGCGCGUGGCCCUCGCGCUGCUCCCCGGCCGGGGAGGUGGAGGAUGGGGGCCCGAGGGCAGCCCCGGCUGGCUCUUGGGGCAUCGGCGACUGACCCGGUCCCCGGCUUCACUGAAGGGUUCACAGCCGCAGAUCGUAGAAAUGGACGUGACUGUUGACCUUGAAUUCAGGGUUCUUGUCAUUCCUCGCUAGACCUGUGGCCUCUGCCACACUGUGAGGUGGCCGCCUCGCUGGGUUGAUGUUCACUCCCGCGGCGCUUUCCCGGGGAGCUGGGCGGGUGGGCUGCCUCCCGCCCGCUGGCCCCAGAUCGGGGCUUGGCGGAGUGAUGAUGAGGCGCAGACCAGCCAGCCAGGGGUUGUUCUGGCUGCAAGGGAGCACUUCCACGGUCUCGUGCCGAGGACGCCCUCACCUUUGUGUUCUGGGAUUGUGAGUGAAUUCGUGCUCAGAGUGUACGGAUGCGAGCCCCUUGCGGGGCGCUUUCCAUGUGGCCUAAUCUCCCAGGUCCUUCAAGUGUGCUGAGAGGAGCAGCGGUGGAGUCUGUCUGUGUGUGCCUGCUGUUCUUACCACUUCUCCAGCCUUUGCUGAGCAUCUGCUGGGUGCCAGGCGGGGGCCCAGACCAGCCCUCCAGGCACAUGAUUUAACCCCGUGCCCGUUCUGCCGGGCUCUCCUUUAAAUCAGUGGAACCCCUGGGACCUCAGGCUGGGCCCUGGAGAUUGCUUUGUGCCCUCAUCGUGACCCUGUGGGGCUGGUGUCCAUCUGCUUCCUCCAUACACACCAAAUGGUCACUGCGUGCCAGGUGCUGUGCCAGGCGCCGGGGUGAACGGGUGAAUGCUCCUUCUUCCCCACUGGAUACACAAGACGAGCGAGGCCUGAAGGAUGAAUAUUCUGCCCACAGCAAGCCCCCACCGGCUGGUGGAGGCAGGAACCCCCUCCCCGUCUGCCUAUAGGUGCUCUCCCAUCCACCACGUUGGUGGUUCUUACUAAAGCGACAUUCUAGCUUGGAAGGUUCCAGAAACAUCUCUUCAUCCUGUGAAACGGGACAGACUGGCCGAUGGUGAGGGAGAACCGAGACCCAGAUUGGAGCAGCUCCCCCGCUGGCUCCCGGCCUGGUUGGGUGACUUCAGGAAGUACCCCCAGCUUCACCCCACCCUGUGCACCCAGCGCCCUUCCAGAUGCACUGAACUGCCGCCACAAGGAAAUUGCAUGUUCUUCCCAUUUUCAGAUACAUUUUCUUUCAUGACUGCAGCAUCGCAGAGGACACUUCCCUGAGGACCACAGAGAAGGUCUGUGUCCACAUUAGUCCCUCCCCUGCUGUCAGACUGACCACCACGCCCACCGCCAGCCACGCCCACCGCCAGCCACGCCCACCC